CGGGUUGGAGAGGCCUCACUUCCGCGCCCAGCUUUGGGUUAAUUACCGAGGCGCGGAGAUACUGGCGAUGCCGAUAACGUGCAGAUCAACACCAGCCUUUCUGACCGCUGGCUUGACUGUUGCCUUCUCUGUGAACAAUGCGAUCCGUAAGAGUGUGUUUCUGCUUGUUUCCUAUAGUCCGCGGGAUAAAUGGCGACUUCACCCCAGCAGACGCCGUCACACUUCGGAGUUAACGUUGGGGCCAAAGACCCGGCUGCACCGAACGCCGCGCCGGAGCAUUUUCGAGAGGAGCGCGGCUGGGAGGGGCGCCACGGCCGCGAGGAGGCGGAGAGCGCCAGGCCGGCGCGCCUCGGCCAAUCAGCGUGCACACCGCCUGACAACCGUCCAAUUAGAGGGCGCGGAGCUCGGGGCCCGGAGCCCAUAAUACUAGGAAGGGGAGCAGAGGCUGAGUAUUGCAGCAAGGGGCGCUGCGCCGCGCGCAGCUGCGUGCGCCCGCCCGUCCCUAGAUCCCGAGAUCUGAGCCAGGCCAGGGCGGCCCAGCCUUCCCGCCCAGACUGGGUGAGAGGAAGCCGAAAGCAGCUUUAGCGGGGUGAAGCGCUCGGGGGUGCCAAGGACCGGUUAGAACUUUGCAGAGUCCGGGAUGUGCGGAGCGAGGCCGCUGAGGACUUGAUUCAUCUUCUCCAGACCCUUCUCCCCUGCUCCCCAUCCACUGGGCUCCAGGCCUCCAGCUGUCAGCCCCCGAUUUCGUGGCAGGGUGUGGCGACCCCGAUUUCUGUUUGCAAGCACAGCCAGCAGCCCAAGAGCCAGGUCUCAAGGCUGGAUAACUUUUGCCUCGGCUGCUGGCCCGGGCCUCAGAGUCUUGGAGGAGACUGAGCGUAGGCCGGAGCGGAGCGCAGUGCGCCAUGGCCGACCGGCCGGCGGCGGGCCCGGCGGCCGGAGACUGGGAGAUCGACGUGGAGAGCCUGGAGCUGGAGGAGGACGGCCGCGGGCCGCCGCCGCCCACGCCGCCCGGGCCCAGCCCGCCGUCGGCCGACGGGGACGGCGAAGACGACGAAGACGACGAGGACGACGACGACGCGGAGGACGAGGGCGACGGCCUGGACGCGAGCGCGUCCCCGGGGGGGCCGGGCGGGCCGGAGCAGCCGCGGGCACCACCGCCGGGGCCAAGCCCCGCGCCGCAGGCCUCGCCCGCGCCGGCCCGGGCCCCGGAGCGCGGCGCGAACGCGGGCGGCGGCGCGGAGCCGCGCAAGCUCAGCCGCACGCCCAAGUGCGCGCGCUGCCGCAACCACGGCGUGGUGUCCUGCCUCAAGGGCCACAAGCGCUUCUGCCGCUGGCGCGACUGCCAGUGCGCCAACUGCCUGCUGGUGGUGGAGCGCCAGCGCGUCAUGGCCGCCCAGGUGGCGCUCCGGAGGCAGCAGGCCACUGAGGACAAGAAGGGGCUUUCCGGGAAGCAGAGUAAUUUCGAGCGCAAAGCCGUGUAUCAGAGGCAAGUCAGGACGCCCAGUUUGCUGGCCAAAAGCAUUUUAGAAGGCUACCGCCCCAUUCCAGCCGAGACUUAUGUGGGAGGGGGCUUACCCCUCCCUCCCCCGGUUAGUGACCGGAUGCGGAAAAGGCGGGCCUUUGCCGAUAAAGAGUUGGAGAACAUUAUGCUGGAGAGAGAAUAUAAAGAGAGGGAGAUGCUGGAAGCGUCCCAAGCUACUGCCUUGUUCCUGCCCAGCCGCCUGGGGCACGGACCCGAGUACAGCUCCUACCAGAGCGCCUACAGCCCCACCCCAGUGGAGACGGCAAACAAAGACUUCUGCAAUUUCCUGCCCACCUGCCUUGAUCUCACCAUGCAGUAUUCAGGGUCUGGGAAUAUGGAACUCAUCUCUUCCAACGUCAGUGUGGCCACGACUUACAGGCAGUAUCCCUUGUCCUCGAGAUUUUUAGUUUGGCCCAAGUGUGGCCCCAUCAGCGACACUCUUCUCUAUCAGCAAUGCCUGCUAAACACCACCACCUCGGUUCAAGCCCUGAAGCCCGGCACCGGCUGGGACUUGAAGGGAGUGCGGGUCCAGGACGGACUUGUGGCAGAACACGACUUGUCGCCCCCCAAGCUAGAAGGCUCGCUGCUGCUGCCUCACCCUGUGGAGGUCCAGACCUCAAGAAGUGACCUUCAGGGUCACCAGGCCGUCCCCGAGAGGUCUGCAUUCUCCCCACCCAGACGGAAUUUCUCUCCCAUUGUUGACACGGACUCCCUGGCAGCUCAAGGGGACGUCUUAACCAAGAUCAGCAAAGAAAGCGCCAGGCACCCUCCGCCACUUAAACAUAAUCCAUUCCACUCAUUAUUCCAGCAAACUCUUAAUGACAAAUCAGGUCCUGAGUUGCAAACACCAUUUGUCAAAGAGGCCUUUGAAGAGGUCCCUAAGAAGCACAGGGAGUGCCUAGUCAAGGAGAAGCAGAAGUACACAUUUACAAUAGACAGAUACGCCAAAGACCUUUUCGUAGCCAAACAAGUAGGAACAAAACUGUCUGUGAAUGAGCCGCUGUCAUUUUCUGUUGAGUCUAUUCUUAAGAGGCCUUCAUCUGCCAUCACUCAUGUCUCUCAGUGAAAGGCUGCUUACAGGGAAAGCUGGAUUUUCUGCCAUCUCAGAGGGUUCUUACCAGUUGCUAUCUUUUUUUUU